CUAAACAUGAACGUAUUAUUGUUGAUUUGUUCGUGUAUUCUAAGCACUUUUGCGCUCGCUGAAGGUAAGAUUGUUUCCUUUCCUACAAACUCCUGUUAAUAAUAAUUAUUGUUUAAAGCGCUGUGUGACGAUUUGGGCAUUUUGAAAAUUUCAGUCAAAGCUCGCAAUUUCCUGCUUUUCAUUUGCAACUGAUCCGAUUCUUAAAAUGUUCUCCAAUCUUGGCCACUCUGCUCAUUAUCUGCUUGUUUAGUGUUCUCUCUUUUAAGUUUUUCAAUCCUAUGUUUCUUUUGAAUUUUCUUAUUACUCGACGUAGAAAAAUAGGCAAAAUGGAACUGGGAAGUUUUAUAUAUUUUUUGCACGUGUUUGCUUUGGAGAUUUUGGAAACUAUGGUACAAAACAGGCAUGGUCUGCGUAAAAAUUUGUUGUUGUUGAUGAAUUGUUAGGCUUGAGCUUUAAGCUUUCGAUUUGUAGCGAGGAAGGCAUAUGCAUUGGCAUGAGAUCGUAAGAGGGGUCUUAGGGUGUGCCGCCCAAUUUCUCAAAAGUGUCUUUUAAUUCGUCUAAAGUAAACAACAAGAUGUUCAACUACGAAUUUAAAGUUGUUCUAUUGUAUCGAAACUGAAUAAUUGCCAAUCGAUCCGUUUAAAUCGAAAGCAUACAAACCAGAUCAGGAAUAUACUGCUGGUUUUGGUUCAUUAUCAACACAUCUACCAUAAAAAUCUGCUCCACCACUGCCAUGACCUUACAGAUCAGAAAUCCAAUGAUUUCGUCUGCAUUUCACCUAAACCAAUGGUAGAUGUAUAAGCAUUGCAUUACACGUAUCAGCUCAUUGAGGAAGCGGUGCCUGUUGCAGAAAUUACGGUCCAUCAGUGGAAGAUUGAAUGGGUGCUUCAACAUAGUGCAUGUAUAAGCAUUGCAUUGCACGCAUUAGCUCAUUGAGGAAGCGGUGCCUGUUGCAGAAAUUACAGUCCAUAAGUGAAAGAUUGAAGUUUAUCUUUUCGAUGAUUUAUGAUUUAUAAGCCCUAUCCCUUAGAUAGGCAAAAACGAUCAUGAUUUACUUUAUUUUAUUUUAUUUUUUUUUUUUGCGUUUUAGACCAUUAUUUCAACAUCAAACCGAAUUUCAUGACCAGUUACUGACUUACGAAUUUUCCAGUGAAACUGCUUCUAUUUCAUUUCCUAUUUUUUUUUCCGUAUACUUCUUUGGUUAAAUGCAUGCUUAAUCUUUAAAAUGUGGUAAGUCUGUUUAAGUCAAUGGAAAGGUGCCUUUUUUGUGAUUGUAUCAUGAUAUUAUCAGGUUAUUACAUGGUAACUAUUUAAUUUUGUUUUACAUGCUUGAGCAGGAAAUUGCGGUUCUCGGCCAAUCACCAGAAUUGUGGGUGGUCACGAGGCUGCUAUAAACAGUUGGCCAUGGCAAGUUAUGUUGAGGUAUUCGUCUGGUUUCCCUUUUUGUGGAGGAUCUCUCAUCGAUCCGAAUUGGGUUGUAACCGCAACGCAUUGCGUAACAGACACACACCCUUCUAGUGUUAAAGUCAGGUAAUUUAUCUGCUUCUUCAGCAUCUUCCAAUACUGAAUAUUCUAUCAAUAGUCUAUAAUAGUGUUUUUCUUACAAGUCUUUGAAGUUUAUUUACCCGAACACAUUCACUGCUAAUUCAGUUCGAAUUUCUUUAACUCCAUUUAUCUAAGCCCAUCCCCCUUUAUUUAAGUAAUUUUAUCUUCUUCUACGGCCUAAGGCCUUCAGUGGCUAAAAAGCAGUCCUCCUCUAACAGUUUUUAUUGUAAAAAUAGGUUGGGCGCUCACAGCCGCGUGGGUGAAACUGUUGGAACUGAGCAGGACAUUGACGUUGCGGAGAUUAUCACCCAUGAAAAAUACCAUUCCCCUCUGAGAUAUAGUCACGACAUUGCCCUUCUCAGAUUGGAAAAGCCCGCCAAGUUAGGCAAAGGAGUCGGUCUUGUCUGCUUACCAGAUCUCAAUAUACCUCUUCCAUUAGACGACCUCAACAAAAGAAAGAAGUGUUGGAUCACAGGGUGGGGAAGACUAUCCUCUGGUGGUGCUGUCCCUUCAGUUCUACAGCAGAUUGAUGUACCACUGGUGUCAAAGCAGCGCUGUUUGAAGGGGUACCCAGGAGAGAUUCACGACUCCAUGUUGUGUGCAGGCCUAGACCAGGGUGGCAUAGAUGCCUGCCAGGGUGAUAGCGGUGGUCCUCUUGUUUGCGAGUUCAAUGGAAAAUGGUAUCUGGAGGGGGUGACAAGCUGGGGAUAUGGGUGCGCUGCGCCAGGAAAGUUCGGUGUCUAUGCUAAGGUUCGGAAUCUGCACUCCUGGAUCUCAAAAAAGAUGACUGGGGUUGUGCCACCGAAGCCAGGUAUGUCAACUGACCUCUUGAACCUCAACAUUUAACAGCUAGAUUUCUCCGCUGAUGGAUAAAAAGUUUAUUUUGGAAGGCUUCGUCCAGAGAAUUUGGUUUCGUAUCCAAACCACAUUCACACGUCUAUAAUUACGGGACAGAGUAAUGGGAAUUCAUUUAUUGAUUACUUCUAGAAGAGAGAGAGACUUAAAAAGCUUGUCUGAAAGUUUUAGACCUUGAGAUGACAAACAUUAAUCCCUCUACUAAGCCCUUCAAGAACUUGUCUUUGUCCAUAAGGCAAUCUAUUGGAGAUGCAUUUUCAUUUCAAGGGGUACUCGGAGCCGGAAGGAUUGGUGGGGGGCAAUAACAAGAACUGAACGUGAGUUAAAAACACUUUGGCAUAUGACGAAACUCACCCAGUUUAUUUAUUCUAUACGCCAAAAUUUCCAGUAAAGAAUAAUCUCUGCCGUAUAAAUAAUGCCAUUGUCACAGACAACUUUAACACUCCCACUGAAACUGUUGAAAUGCUGAAGCGAUAACAGGUAUGUUAGGGCUAUAUCGCCCGAUAAUCCCCUUUCGAAGUUGUACAAAAUCAAUUUUUUAAGUUAACAGAGCAACAAAAUCCUUUAAUUUAUAACAUUCGACCUCACAAGUCAAUCGGUUUUGAUACUAUGCGGAGGCACGUUCACUGUAGGUAACUCGAACAGAGGAUUAAUUUAUGCCCCGAUCAAUUCGAAGCUUCAACAAACCCCGACCAACGGGUAUUUGACUGUCGUCCAUGCCAAGGGGAUGGGGGGGAUUUGGACCAUGCCUGGGUGGUGUGGGGAAUUUGAACCGGAACUGUCUAGUAUUUCCAACGGAAUAAACGUGUAUCAUCUUGUAAUGUGGCCCAGAAGAAAAAGUCUACAAGAAAGUCAUGGUCGCUAAUCAUGCUUUUUACCAAAAAAUUGAAGAUGUAUCCGACAUUUGAAUGGGGCAUUUGAACAUAGAGGAGUGGGAAUUUAAGGGAGCCAAUCUUCAAAAGAUCAAAUGCCCCAGGGAUUGCCGGGGGAGCAGGGGGGAGGUUGAAGCUUCGAAUUGAUCGACUCAUUAAUUUUCCCACCUGCCACGUAAUUCUUUACACCUUAUCAAUUCGAACAAUAAUAAAUGCCUUUUUCCUACCUAGAUUGCAAAGACAGCGAUGCUUUUGCCAGUCAGUGUCCAACUUUAGCAGGGUAUGAAGGCUACUGUAAACACCAUCAUGAGUGGACCAGGAAGUAUUGUGCCAAGUCGUGUGGCUGGUGUUAGUGUGAGUAUUCAUGAACGCUAAUUCAACUUGAAAUUGCAUCUUAAAAGAAACCAUCAAAUUUUGAGGGAAACUCUUUCCAAAGACAAACGUAUCUUGCACAUUCCAGCAAAAUUUGGAUACUCAGCGUUUUUCCUCGCCCCUGUCCUAAAGGUUUAUUAGAACAAUUCAGAAUCAUUCCAAAGUUAUAUCGAGGUGUUACCCGAGAACUUUUAUCUUUUCACUUAAUUUAAAUACAAUUUGAAGGUUAUACAUCAUUCACUCCCAAGAUCUGAUAAAUAAUUCUCCCCUCUUGCUGAUACAGAUUUCCGUAUAAAUAAGGAACGAGAAUUUGGUGUUAGAUCAAGAUAACAACUUCUACUUGAUAAGUCUGAGUAUUCCUAUUUCGUUUUUGCUGGAUAAGUUAUGGAACAUAUAGGGAGAUGUUUCAUGUCACUUCCUUUUAAGAGUCACAGGGUUAAAGCAUAUAUUUUACCUCAGUCAUCAGUUAGGUGAUUGCCUUCAUUCGGUCAAAGUUUUCCAUAUGAUCAGCUGCAGUAGAAACAAAAUGAUACGGUCAACUAAAGGCUUCUUUUUUAUAUUUUGCAGAGGAACGCAAAUUUGGAUGCACGCUCAAGCGUAAGCCAUUUUCUUCAACGCCAAAGUUGGGGUCGGAAUAAAUCCCGUAUUUAAAAGUUUAUAGCAGUGGUUGUUAGUUGUGGA